AUGGAUUUAAAUAAUAAUAAUGCUGAAACAUUGGUACCUCCAAUGAAUCAAUUAUUAAAUCAAAAUACAAUGGCAGAUGAAGGAUUGAUGAAAAAGAUGGUAGAGAAAAAUAAAAAAGAUAUGAAAAAGAAGGACAAGAAGAAGGAUAAAAAGAAAGACAAGAAGAACAAAGAUAAGAAAAAGGUUACCAUCAAGAGACUCGAAUGGAAAAAAGAAAUCAAGAAUGCCAUCAAAGAGUAUCCAGAGGGUAGUUGCGUACCAAUGAAACAAAUUCGUUCGAAAAUAUUGGCUGCGCAACACGCAAAAAUCGAAAAAAUACUUGGUAAACAAUUUAACAAAAAGAUUCUUAAAGAGAAUGAUAGAUGGACUGUAACAUCGCAAGGUGAUCUUAAAGUUCUUCCAAAACCUGUUAAACCAAUUAAAUCUCAAACAGGAACACCUUCAAUUUAA